AUGGAUCUCGCAAAUACCCUCAUCCGGAGCGUGACGCGCGCAUUCUACGAAACGCGCCACAUCCUAGUCGUCGAUGCGCUGUUUAUUCAUUCUGUUCUCCACGCCGAAGACCUCGCCUUCCUCCUCGGCAUGCAACAAAAAGAUCUCCGAAAGCUAUGCGCCAAGUUGCGCGAAGACCGAUUGAUCUCCGUAAGCACUCGUGCCGAAAUCCGCGACGGAUCCACGCGCCCGGUAAACCGCGAAUACUACUACAUCCCCUUACACCCGGUAAUCGACGCCAUAAAAUUCAAAGUCUCCAAGCUCACAGCGACCAUAAAAGCGCAAUACACGCCCAGCGAAGAGCGCAAAGAAUACGUAUGCCUGCGCUGCGGGGCCGAAUGGACGGAACUGGACGUGCUGAGCCUGUACUCGGAGGAAGGGUUCGAGUGUCAGAACUGCGGGGCGAUUUUGGAGCGGACGGAGGAUGUGAAAGGGACGGAGGGGAUCGAUCGGACGGGGCAUGAAAAAAAUAGUAAGUUGAUGGCGCAGCUGGAUGCCAUGCUGAAGCUGCUGAAGCAGAUCGAUUCGGUGGAGAUUCCACCGAACGAUUUCGAUACCGCGUGGGAUCAUAAGGUCGAUGUGGUGAGGAACCAGGCGAUUAAUCCGACGCGUGCUGCUAUCGUCGUGCCGUCGAAGACGGAGGCGGUGCGAGGCAAUACCAAGACGGAUGCGGGCGCGCUAGAGAUCUCGUUGACGUCUUCGGAGGAGAAGAGCGCCGCGGAGCAGGCUGAGGAGGUGGCGAGGAAGGCGGCCGUCGAGAAACAGAAUGCCCUGCCGGUGUGGCAUACGCACUCGACGGUGUCGACGGGCCCUGCGGCGGGCGGGGGCGCGUCCAUCAAAUCCGAGGGCGGAGUGGACGUCAAGUCUGAGAUCAAGGAUGAAGACGACGAGCAGACGCCUGCCGUCGAUGCGCUGGACGAUAAGUUGGCCGCGUAUUACGCUGAGAUGGAGCGCGAGCGGGCCUUGCAGGCCCAGGAGGAUGCAAGCAGCGCGGACGAGGACUCGGAUGAAUUCGACGAGUUCGAAGACGUGGGCGUGUCGGCCAGCGAGACGGCGUCUCCGGCGGUCGGCGGCGGGAGUCAAAGGAACGGAGGCCCGACGAGUGUUCCGUCGGCCACGGGGAUCAAACGCGAGCUGGACGCGGAUUCGGGGACGAGUGGUGUGCCGACAGCGUCUGCUACGCCGUCGACUAUGGCGUUCGAGGACGGCCCGGCGGCGAAAAAGGUCAAGGUGGAACCGGAAGUCAAGAAAGAGGAGUCGGAUGAGGAUGACGAGGAGGAAUUCGAGGAUGUUUGA